AUGAGUGGUCGCUUUUCUCGCACAAUUUACGUGGGCAACCUGCCUUCUGACAUAAGAGAGUCAGAAAUUGAAGAUCUAUUCUACAAGUAUGGCCGUAUAAUGGAUAUUGAAUUGAAGAUUCCUCCCCGCCCUCCAUGUUAUUGCUUUGUUGAGUUCGAUAAUGCUCGAGAUGCCGAAGAUGCAAUUCGAGGUAGAGAUGGAUACAACUUUGAUGGUUGUCGGUUAAGGGUGGAGCUUGCUCAUGGAGGUAGAGGACCAUCAUCAAGUGAUCGGCGUGGAUAUGGAGGUGGAGGUGGUGGUGGUGGUGGUGGGGGUGGUGGGGGUCGUUUUGGCAUCUCACGCCACUCUGAAUUUCGAGUUAUUGUUCGUGGACUGCCCUCUUCUGCAUCCUGGCAAGAUUUGAAGGAUCAUAUGCGAAAAGCUGGUGAUGUUUGUUUUGCUGAGGUUUCCCGUGAUAGUGAAGGGACUUUUGGCAUUGUUGAUUACACUAAUUAUGACGACAUGAAGUAUGCUAUUCGGAAACUGGAUGACACCGAGUUUAGAAAUCCUUGGGCAAGAGCUUAUAUUCGG